AUGGUCGACGCCGCCUCCAACAAGAAGCGCAAGCUCCGCGACGCCAACGGUGACAAGGCUGCUGCCCGCAAGGCCGCUGAGGCUCCGGUAGCCGUCUCCCGAAAGUCGAAGAAGCAGAAGCAGGCGAAGGACGCUGCCGAGGAGUCUGAGGACAACUUCGAGUCUGGCAGCGAAGAGGAGGAGCAAGACGAGGAGGACGAGGACGAAGAUCCUGAAGCGGCCGAAGCCAACGCGGAAGACGUUGCGACCGCAGCAAACGACCAAGAUGUUGACCUGGAGAUCCCGAACCGCGAGGCCCUGACCCUGCCACCCUCUGGCGAGGAGGCGCAGGACUUCUCGCAGCUCAACCUGUCGGAGAAGACGAUGAAGGCGAUAGAGGGCAUGGGGUUCACAAAAAUGACGGAGAUUCAGAGGAGAGGUAUCCCGCCCCUGCUGACGGGUCGCGAUGUCCUGGGUGCGGCCAAGACGGGCUCCGGCAAGACGCUUGCCUUCCUGAUCCCCGCCAUCGAGAUGCUCAGCUCGCUGCGCUUCAAGCCCCGAAAUGGAACCGGUGUCAUCGUCGUGUCCCCCACCCGCGAACUCGCCCUGCAGAUCUUCGGCGUCGCGCGCGAGCUCAUGGAGCACCACUCUCAGACCUACGGCAUUGUCAUUGGCGGCGCCAACCGCCGUGCUGAGGCCGAGAAGCUCGCCAAGGGCGUCAACCUCAUCAUCGCCACGCCCGGCCGCCUGCUCGAUCACCUGCAGAACACGCCCUUUGUCUUCAAGAACCUCAAGACCCUCAUCAUUGACGAGGCCGACCGCAUCCUCGAGAUUGGUUUCGAGGACGAGAUGCGCCAGAUUGUCAAGAUCCUGCCCAGCGCCGACAGGCAGACGUCCCUCUUCUCGGCGACCCAGACGACCAAGGUCGAGGACCUUGCGCGGAUAUCGCUCCGCGCCGGACCGCUGUACAUCAACGUCGACCAGACCAAGGAGCACAGCACCGUCGAGGGCCUCGAGCAGGGUUACGUCAUCUGCGACGAGGACAAGCGGUUCCUGCUGCUGUUCUCCUUCCUGAAGAGGAACCUGAAGAAGAAGGUCAUUGUCUUCUUCAGCAGCUGCAACUCGGUCAAGUACCACGCCGAGCUGCUGAACUACAUCGACCUCCCUGUUCUGAGUCUUCACGGCAAGAUGAAGCAGCAGGCUCGCACGAACACUUUCUUCGAGUUCUGCAAUGCCAAGCAAGGCACCCUCAUCUGCACUGACGUUGCUGCCCGUGGCCUCGAUAUCCCCUCCGUCGACUGGUCCGUCUCGUUCGACCCCCCUGAUGCGCCCACCGACUACAUUCACCGUGUCGGCCGUACCGCCCGCGCCAACGCCAAGGGCAAGUCGCUCCUCUUCCUGCACCCCAGCGAGGUGGGCUUCCUGUCGCACCUCAAGGCGGCGCGCGUGCCCGUCGUCGAGUUUGAGUUCCCCGCCAGCAAGGUCGCCAACAUCCAGGCCCUCCUCGAGAAGCUCAUCAGCCAGAACUACUACCUCAACAAGUCGGCCAAGGACGGCUACCGCAGCUACCUGCACGCCUACGCGAGCCACUCGCUGCGCUCCGUCUACGACAUUAACAAGCUCGACCUCGCCAAGCUCGCCAAGAGCUUCGGCUUUGCCGUCCCCCCCCGCGUCGACGUCACGGUCGGCGCCAGCGGCCGGGACAAGAAGGUCCAGGGCAGGAGGACGUACGGCAGCCAGCCGAGGCAGAAUGACCGCUUCAGGCAGAAGGGUCGGUCCAACUGA